AUGAAGCGGGAGAAACUUGACAAAUAUUUUAGGGGAUUCUUGGAGAUGCUCAAGCAACUUUAUGUGAAUAUUCCCUUCACAGAGGUACUCACUCAAAUUCCUGCAUAUGCAAAACUUUUUAAGGAAAUCCUAUCGAGCAAUAAAAAACUGGAGGAGACAACAGUGGUCAAGCUGAAUGCCCACUGCUGUGCCAUAUUGCACAACAAAAUUCCCCAAAAGUGUGGGGACCCAGGAAGCUUCACCAUACCAUACUCGUUGGGGAGUGAGAGAUUCGACAAGGCCCUCUAUGACUGGAAACUGGAAGGUGAUCUUGGAGUGAUCAAAUCUAUACCAUUGUCCCUACAACUAACUGACCAAAAAACCAUUUUGCCUGAGGGAAUCAUUGAGGAUAUUCUAUCACGGGUGGACAAGUCUGUGUUCCCCGUAGACUUUAUUGUGGUGGAUAUGGAGGUGCACAAGGAUGUGCCUCUAAUUCUAGGGAGGCCAUUUUUAUGUACAGGCAGAGCUAUCCUUGAUAUCUAUGAGGGGAUGCUCAUGCUCAGAGUGGGCAAUGAAAAAGUGGUGUUCCAAAUGAAGAGGAUGAUGAAAUACCCCAAUGAUGUGGUGUCUGCCUACUCGUGCUUCAAGUUAGAUGUUGUUGGAGAAUUGGAUGAAAAUUACAUGUUUGACAAGCUUGUGGGGAUACUCUAG